UGACAUUUAUUUUGUAACCCGCCUGGUCGUUCAUAUAUCACAUUCUAACUAAAACUUAUUUCUCUGCUCAUUCAAAUUCCUCAAAAUCUUGAAGAACUUUGUAAGCUGCUUGCUCCAAUUUCUUUGGAAGUUCAAUCUGUUUGUUCUACAAUUUAGUUAUUAGCAGAAAUCUCAAUAGCAGGAGCUUCUGUAAGUGGGGUUAGCUUUUUCUUGAUUUCUUUGUGGCAUUUUAUCAAACACAUAGUGGAUGGUAAUAAAGCACACUCUUUCAAGCUAAAAACAGUUACAAAAUACAUAUAAUUGUCAAAAAUAUUACUAAUUCUUGCAUAAAGAAGCAAUGUGGAGUUGUCAUCACCAUCUACUUUGCUUUUGUGGUUAUGUCUUUGAUUAGAAAAUGCACAAGUACUAAACCAUCAUCCAUUACGGUUCUAAAUCUGUUGAGAGAGAGCAGAUGCAUAAAACACCUUGAACAAGUUCAUACACAUAUAAUACAAAAGGGUUAUGAGCAAGACCAAUUUAUCAUCAACCAGUUUAUAUCCCUAUGUAAUGUGUUCUCGACUGAUGUUUCUUAUGCUACAAGUGUGUUUGAGCAUGUUAUUCAGCCUAAUGUUUAUGUAUGGAAUACAUUGAUUAAAGGGUAUAGCAAAAAAUCAUCUCUUGUUGAUUGUUUCGUAGUCUUGAAACAAAUGAGAACAAGUGUGAAUGUGAUACCUGAUGAGUUUACUUUUCCUUCGUUGGUCAAAUCUUGUUCUAAUGUGUUGGCUUUGAAAGAAGGUCAGAUUAUUCAUGGGUUGUUAGUUAGAUAUGGGCUUGAUAGUGAUGUGUUUGUAGGAUCUAGUUUGAUUGAUCUUUAUGGGAAGUGCAAAGAGAUUGAGUAUGCGCGGAGAGUCUUUGAUGAAAUUUCUCUAAAGAAUGAGGUUAUAUGGACUGCGAUGAUCGUUGGAUAUGUAUAUGCUGGUGAUUUAUUAGAAGCAAGAAAGUUAUUUGAUGAAAUGCCACAGAGAAAUGUAGCUUCGGGGAAUGCAAUGAUUAGGGCAUUCGUCAAGUUUGGUGAUUUGUCUGGCGCGAAGAAAUUGUUUGAUAGUAUGCCUGAUAAGGAUGUGGUAUCUUUUACUACUAUGAUUGAUGGUUAUGCUAAGGCCGGUGACAUGGCAUCAGCGAGGUUUCUGUUUGAUAGGUCUUCUAAUAGAGACAUCAUUUCGUGGUCUGCUUUGAUGUCCGGGUAUGCUCAGAACGGGCAACCCAAUGAAGCUGUCAAAAUUUUCCAUGAAAUGUUGUCGAUGAAUGUUAGGCCAGAUGAGUUUAUAAUGGUAAGUUUGAUGUGUGCGUGUUCCCAGUUAGGUCGUCUGGACCUGGCAAACUGGGUAGAACAUUAUAUGAGCCAAAAUUUAUUUGAUCUUAAUCAAGUUCAUAUAGCUGCAGCCCUCGUGGAUAUGAAUGCUAAGUGUGGCAAUAUGGAAAGGGCAAAAAUGUUGUUUGAGGGGAUGCCUAAGCGUGAUCUAGUAUCAUAUUGUUCAAUGAUACAAGGGCUGUCUAUUCAUGGUUGCGGUUCCCAGGCUGUAGAUUUCUUUGAUAGGAUGCUGAAUGAGGGUCUUGUGCCUGAUGAUGUUUCCCUGAAGAUAAUUCUGACAGCUUGUAGUCGUGCAGAACUUGUAAAGGAGGGUUUCCGGAUCUUCAAUCUAAUGACAACCAAGUACUCUGUCAAGCUAUCUCCGGAUCAUUAUGCAUGCGUAGUAGACCUUCUUGGAAGAUCAGGAAAGCUUCAAGAUGCGUAUGAACUUAUAAAGUCGAUGCCUGUUGAACCUCAUGCCGGUGCCUGGGGUGCACUUCUUGGGGCUUGUAAGUUACACUGUGACAUUGAAGUAGGCGAGGAGAUAUCGAAUAGACUUUUUGAACUUGAGCCUCAAAAUACUGGUAAUUAUGUGCUUUUGUCAGACAUCUAUGCUGCGGCAAAUAGGUGGUUAGAUGUUGCACUGUUGCGUCAAAAAAUGAGUGAGAAGGGUCUUAGGAAGAUACCUGGUUGCAGCAGUUGGUUGAAUGCAAACCGCUUAGUCACUGGAACUCUUCGUGGGUUUGAUCUGUUCAUGAAUUUGGUCAUUGACAAGUGACAACACGGAUGAAGUUAAUGGCAAUGAUAGGAAUGAAAUUGGCAUGGUGCUGAUUCGCGGGAAUAGCAUGGUGACAAUUGAAGCAUUGCUUGACCACAGUAAGCUCUAACAGAUGUUUGUUUAUGCCCCAGAUGCUGCUGUUGCUUGUUUAAAGGAAACCUUAGGAACACAAGUUUGUACUGUCAGGAUUCGGUAUUCGACUAGAUAACAGUUAACAUGACAAUGGUUUUUCGUUUAAGUUUGAUCAUCAAUGCUUUCUAUUCAAUUAGUGCACUAUGUGCUGAAUGCAGUUUGUAUGUGUUCCUGUUUUUUUUCUCUCCAAUUAAAAGGAGCACAAUGUGAUGUUUGUUAUUACAUAUGAACGAGUUUGCUCAAUGCACACUUUAUGCAAAUGAUAACGGUUGCAAAUUUCUCUGA